UGGAGCUUGUCACUGAAACAGGGUGUGGUCCUGAAACUCAUGAGGUCUGUAGUAGACCGGUGAGCUUUAAAUUGAGUUGAAUGAGCCAAGCUGUCGCAGCAGUCCUGCCACUUUCACCUGUCACAGGCUUUCCAAAGGUGUCAUCCGCAACACUCCCCGCUCCGGCUGGACCUGUAAUGAAAACACUUCCCUUCUGAAGGCAGUUGGAGGCUACCACUCGGACACCUGCUGUGUGUGUAUCUGUUCUUCGUCUGAUCACUCACUCACUCACUCACACUUGGUCUGCUGAUCUUCUGGACUCAGUGCUGCCCACACUUGCGCUUCUUUCAACAGGACCACUUACAUUGUGUGUUCAGAGGUUGGACAAAAGGCGAGUCUUCAUCAUGCUGCGAGAAGCCGUUUCAGGAGUUGUAAAACUCCAUGGUUACAUACAGUCAAGAACUGAUGCCAGAGUGAGAGACUACCCUCUGAUGCAUAGCCCUGUGCAAAUGACCACCAUCCUGCUGGCUUACAUUGCCUUCGCAGUGUAUGCUGGACCCCGCCUGAUGGCAAACCGCAAACCUUUUGGCCUCAACAGAGCCAUGAUCAUCUACAAUCUUUCUAUGGUUUUACUGAAUGCCUUCAUUGUUUAUGAGUUCAUGAUGUCUGGAUGGGCCACCACUUUCACUUGGAGAUGUGAUCUUGUUGAUACCACCACCAGCCCACAGGCUCUCAGGAUGGUUCGAGUUGCUUGGUUGUUUUAUUUUUCAAAAUUCAUCGAACUCCUUGACACAGUAUUCUUUGUACUGAGGAAGAAGCAAAGUCAAAUUACAUUUCUCCACGUCUUCCAUCACUCCUUCAUGCCCUGGACAUGGUGGUGGGGCGUCACCCUGACACCGGCUGGUGGAAUGGGCUCUUUCCAUGCUAUGGUGAACGCAACCGUGCACGUCAUCAUGUACUCGUACUACGGCCUCUCUGCUGCAGGACCUCGCUUCCAGAAGUAUCUGUGGUGGAAGAAGUACAUGACUGCCAUCCAGUUGAUUCAGUUUAUUUUGGUCUCCAUCCACAUCAGCCAGUAUUACUUCAUGGAAAGGUGUGACUACCAGGUCCCCUUGUGGAUUCACCUGAUCUGGAUGUAUGGCUUCUUCUUCUUCUUCCUCUUUUCGAAUUUUUGGGUGCAGGCCUACAUAAAGGGAAACAGACUUCCUAUCGCCAAUCAAAAGCCAAAGCAGAAUGGCUCAACCAAUGAAUCCAUGACUGUGAUGAGAAAUGGUAAACAUUGUGAAAAUGGGAACUCUAAACAUGCAAAUGGAAAUAUCGUCAUGGGCAAAGUAAAGAACAUCUAACUUUGUGACUAACCCCAUUCUCAUAUUGAAAUGGGGUAGAGGCAUAGACAGUUAAUGAUAAAAAUGCCAUGAACAUGCCAUCCUUCAUGUGAUUGAUGGUCAGAGAGCUCAUGAUUAUUCUUCUUUGGUGAAGAAUUUGUAUGCAAGUCUAGUCUUCUGUGAAACUUUCACACCAAGGAGAUAUGAAUGGCCUAUUGUUUUUCAACUGAUCUCUGAUUGCAAUAUUGUAAAAUGUUGUAUUACUGUGAACACUGAGAAUUUGAACUCAUUUUAUCACAGAAAGUAGUGUUUAACUCAGGCUUGACCUCCAGCAAUCUUUGGCUGGCAUGAUCUUUGUUGAGGGAAUAUGGCACUGUUUCUAUUGAAGACUAGUACAUGUAAAUAAUUGUAAUGAAGUUAAUGUCUCCCCUAAAAUAGGUUUUGAUUGUAAAUGUGAAAUAGUUUUUUUCCCUUCAUUUUAUUUAUCUAUUGAAAUAAAACAUUUUAGAUAAAGGUCUGUGUCAUUUUGGAGAGCAGUUAUGAAGAAUACUGAGCUUGUCAAAUGUCUGUAUUUUGACAGUAGUAGAAAUGGUAUACUGUAUAUUACAGUAAUGCAUUUUUGGAAUUUAUGUUCUUCCAAGAUACCCCACUUCUUUUCCCCAACGGUUUUCUCAAAGGUCAAGAAACUAAAAAUAUUUAUGCAGAUUGCUGUUAAAAUCAAUGACAAUAAACUUGACAAUCACAUCAGUUUUCAUUGUUGCUGUAUGUUUAGAAAUUAAAUGGGAAAAAU